AGUCUGCUAUUCUAAUUUUCUGCAGCAAACGAAAAAGAAGAUCAAUUUUGAGAGAGUUUAGAGAGAUGUGAGCUAACUCCACCCCAGUUCCUCUUCUUACCCCCUACAAAAUGGGGAGAUUCGAGCUCUCUCAUAGGUACUCUGUCUUAAUUUUUAUCUUUUUCGGUGCAUGUAUAUUAAGCUGUAUAUUGUUAUGAGUUGCAGAGUAGUGAUGCCACCAAUGACAAGGAACAGAUCAUACAAUAAUACUCCACAGCCACAUGCUAUUGAAUAUUAUGCUCAAAGAGCAACAAAGGGCGGAUUUCUCAUUUCUGAAUCAGCCAGUGCCUCUGAUAUCUCGCUAGGACUACAAUGUAUUAGUCUGAUUUAGACAUGAACUAUUUGAAGGAUAUGCCUGGAAUUUGGACAGAGGAACAAACAGAGGGUUGGAAACCCAUAGUUGACUCAGUUCAUGAAAAAGGUGGUAUCUUCUUUUGUCAAAUCUGGCAUCCUGGCCGCAUUCCUCACUCAGCCCUCGACAAUUUUAUAUUAUUUUGGCGUGCAGUACCUGACAACAAAGAGUAUAUCAUGCCGACACCUCAGCAACUGAGAGCUAAUGAAAUCCCUCACAUUAUCGAAGAUUUUAGGAUUGCAGCCCGCAAUGCUAUUAAAGCUGGAUUUGAUGGAGUCGAGAUCAACUCUUCAAACGGCUUCAUAAUCGACCAAUUCUUGAAUGACCAACUCAACGACAGGACUGAUGAAUAUGGUGGAAGCAUAGAGAACCGUUGUCGUCUUGCUCUUGAAGUUAUAGAAGCUGUUGUGAAGGAAAUUGGAGCUGAUAAAGUUGGCAUAAAACUCUCUCUCUUCUCCCAAGUGCAUGGGAAAAAGGACUCGAACCCUGAACCUUUGGCGACCUAUUUAGCUAAUGAACUCACUAAGCUCGGACUUCUAUAUCUUCACGCGGUUGAGCCAAGGGAAGAGCCGCGUUGCCUCAAAUCAAUAAGAAUGGCUUUUGAGGGGACUCUUAUUUCUUCUGGUGGCUACAACAAAACUGACGGUGAUGAAGCAAUUGCUGAAAACUAUGCAGAUUUGAUCUCAUUUGGACGUUUGUUUUUGGCGAACCCAGAUUUACCUAAGCGUUUUGAGUUUAAUGCACCACUGAACGAGCAUGAUAGGAGCACAUUUUAUAUGACUGAUCCAAUUGUGGGUUAUACUGAUUAUCCAUCUCUUGAAGUUGCUUGUUAAGUUAUUGUACGUGGUGAAAAAAAUGGAGUUUGCUUCUACCUGAUAAAGGGGGUACAUUGUUAUCUAAAUAAUUAAAGGCAAACUUACUCUGUCUGAUUUCAUCAAGAAGUUGUCUUUACUUUCUAGUUUGGUAAAAUAAGUGAUGUGGAGUGUAUGUGAAAUCACAAUGUAAUCUAUAUAAUGUUUUGUAAGAUAACCAAAGUAAUG